CCCAGACAGCUGUUUGCUCUCCUGGCAUGCUGGGAGUUGUAGCUUUGCAACAGCUGGAGGUCCACAGUUUGGGAGACUUCUCAUCUAUUCAAUCCAUACAAUGAAGAGAAAAUGUGAACCCAGGGUCUGCUGGGACCGGUUUUAGAAAUCCUGCGAGGGAAUCUGUUACAAUCAUAAGAUGGAGGGAGCUGUGGCCCCGAACGUUGGGGAAGUCACCUCCACCGGCUCUCAGGGAUACCAGCAGGAGAUGAACCUGCGCUCUGUGUUCAGUGCGGAGCAGCAGAGGAUAUUGCAGCGAUAUUACGACAAUGGUAUGACAAACCAGAGCAAAAGCUGCUUCCAGCUGAUACUGCAGUGCGCACAAGAGACCAAGCUGGACUUCAGUGUGGUCCGGACCUGGGUGGGUAACAAGAGGAGGAAGAUGAGCAGUAAGACCUACGUGGAGACCGGAGGGCAGUUACAGGGCUCGGUGUCUAAUUCCCCAUCACGCCCCCAAGAGGUGACUGUGAGAACUGUGCCAAAUAUUUCCCGCAGCCAGCAGCCCCCUAGGACGUCCUCCGGUGGGGACCACAUGAUGACUUGUGUAUACAGUCCAAAUAACUCCUCUGCUAGACCAGGGACCACCGCUCAGACCACCACUCCUAAGGCCGACCUAAUGAAGGCUGGCCUGCAGAGGGCGCCGGUGAGGACUGAGACUGAGUAUCACAAGCUGCCGGCUCCGGUCCAUCGGCAGGCUCCUGUGGUCAAAGCCCCCAUUCAGCCCAUUGAAGAGAAGACCCUCUUGUUGUCUCGUCAGCAAAAUGUGGCCAAUACAACAAACCCCAUGUACGUUGCCAAGAAGAACUAUGUGGGGUCUGGUCAGAUGGUUGAGAGAAUCGUCCCUCAAAAGACAAUGACUUGGCCUGUCAAAAAUAUAGCCGAGGCCCCUGGGGUGCAACGUGGGACCAAACCUGAGCAGCCAAAUAUAAGCCCCAUCCCCCACCUGUCCUCCGCGCAGCGGCCCAGAGAACCCAGCUGUGGUCUGAAGAACCUGGAGAUCCGGGAAGUAUUCUCCUUGGCCCCCGGCGAGCCCUCCUCUAGGACAUUCAGUGGGGCACUAGAGGAAAGACCCCGACCGCCAGAAAGUACUUGCUUUUCCAUAGCCAUGGAGACAGGAGAUGUCAACGACGAGUACGCCCGGGAGGAAGAGCUGGCGUCUAUGGGGGCGCAGAACCAGCUCUGCUCGAGGUUUAGGGAAAGCAACAGCUCGCCGCGCGAAAACCGCUCGGCCCUGUCGCCCGUCCCGGUACGGACAGUUAGUGCCAAAAUCCUUCAGCCCAACACGAGAGACCCAGCAGAGAACACAGUGUAUCACAACAGUGACUACUACAUGUCCCUUAAUACCUCAGCGCACAACACAAGCGGCGCACAAUACCCCGGGCACAACGCAACGCGGAGCAGUAUGCAUCGACAUUACAGCAUCGCCGCUCAGCCCGGAGGGAUGUUACCCAACCCAAACAACUACCAGAUAUCAGGAAACCUCACCGUGCCUUGGAUAACGGAGUGCUCGCGGAAGAGAACACUCCAGGACCGCACUCAGUUCAGUGACCACGACCUCGCAAUGCUGAAGAAAUACUGGGACAAUGGGAUGACCAGCCUGGGGUCUGUUUGCCGGGAGAAGAUAGAAGCUGUGGCCUCUGAGCUCAACGUGGACUGUGAAAUAGUAAGGACGUGGAUCGGGAACAGAAGAAGGAAGUAUCGACUGAUGGGCAUCGAGGUCCCACCACCCCGCGGGGGGCCCGCCACCUUCCCCGACCUGCUCGAAUCUUCCUCAUCUCUGACACCAUCUGAAGACCCUGUUGCCGGGGUGGUGGAGGACAAUGACCGACACGACGAGGUGUCUAUUUGCCUUUCCGAAGAAAGCUCCCAAGCGGAUGACGUGCACGAAGUUGGACGGAAUGAAGACCUCAGCAUCAAGGAAGACAGUCCUGACAUGGCGCCCCCACACACUGUGAAAGUGGAAGCUCCAGAGGAGGAGAUGAGCGAGACGAUGGGCAAUCUGGACCUGGAGCAGAUGCGAUCGCUCCUGGAUUAUAAGAAUGAAGAAGUAAGAUACAUGGAGAGCGAAGUGGAAAGAUACAAACAGAAGUACGCAGAACUGCAGACCUUCACCAGGAACCUGAUACACGCCGUCAGGACCAAUGACCGGGACCAACAGCAGAUUCUGGUGACUGAUCCUCCUCUGGAUCUGGAGGACAUGGAUUACAGCCACACGUCCCCUGAUCCUGACGAUACCUCAUACAGCAUUUCCUCCAUGUCUGAGAAGAAUAACCCGGACAGUGUGUGAGCUCCGCACCCUGGAACUUAAAGAACUGAUGGAUUUUACAAAAAGUUUUAAAAAAGGAAAAAAAAAAAAAAAAAAAAGAAGAAGAAAUAAAAAGAAUUGAAAAAUACCUAACUUAUUUUCAUGAAGUGGAAACAGAAUCUAUUUUGCAUCAUGGAAAAUCUUAUGAAAGAAGAAAUAAAUGUAUAACAAUCAGGAAACGCGUCCCGCACAGAUCCGGGAAUCUUUUAUCCAAUCAGUGGUCGCCAUUUAUUAAUAUCUCACCGUUUAGGAGGGAAAUGCAGAAUUAAAGAAGCACUCUGGAUUAUUAUUUAUUUUUUGCCCAUAGCAUAGACACUCACCAUCACUAUCACAGCACAGCUCCAUCUAUACAUUUCAUUACUGUAACGGGGUCAUGUGAUCACCAGUCAGACCCAAAGAAAAAUCACUGUUUAA